AUUGCAUCUCACCUGAAAAUUUCAUUCAUUGCACACCUUCCCCAUAACCAUUAUAAACACUUAAACCUACACAAUCAAGAUAAUAUUCUUUUUUGAACAUUAUGAUCGAAAAUUAUAUUAACGACAAUAACUUUAUUAUUAGAAAUAUAAAAAGUAUAUUUUCAAUAUAACAACUUCUGUUUUAUACAAUAACUUUUAUAUUAGAAAACAACCGACUAAUUAAAUUUCGCACCGUCCGAUCAUGUCCAACCUUACCUUUAUUCCACUCCAGUCUUGUCACUUUGUCUCUUCAGCUUUAAAGAGAGAAGUGAUGUUCGUUUUUUCUGUUUGAAUAUACACAAUUUGUAUGUGUGAAUUAUGAUUGAGGAAACGUGCAUAAGCGGAUGUGAAAGCACUGAAGAGGUUUCAGCAAUGGAGGUUUCAAAUUCCCAUGGAGACGCACGGCGGAGUAGAGAUACAGAUGUUACGAGCUCUGGCACCGGUAAGAGAAGAAGAUUGGAUUCUCAAGCUCAGGAGAAUGUGUUUCUGCUUCAGUAUCAGUCUCGACGUGAAAUUGACGUCAAUCUCCAUGAGAAUGUUGUUUUGACGGCGGUGUCUGGUGUUUCUGAUCAUGUUUCGUCGUUUAUCUGCUCUAUCAAUGAUGAUUCGAGACCAGAUCUGAAGGUGGAAUGUCUUUCCGAAACCGAAAUCUUCAUGUCCAGUAACGACGGUUUCAGUAGAGAGACAUCUGCAUCGAGCGUGGUUUCAUUAGAAUCAGAAGAAAUGGAGUCGUUAUCCACCUCUACUCCAAAGAAGAAGAAGACCUCAACAGCAAACGAAGCUACUUCCGGUCAUAAACCACCACUGGAAAAGUCUCCUUCUCCGGCUGAGCUUGAAGAAUUUUUCUCGGAAGCGGAAAAGUACGAACAGAAACGUUUCACAGAAAAGUACAACUAUGAUAUCGUGAAAGAUGUUCCAAUGGAAGGAAGGUACCAAUGGGUUCGAUUAAAGCCAUAAUCGAUGGAUCCAUGACCUGUCAAAUUGAAAGACAUAUCAUCUAGUUCUUGAUUAUUCCCUUCUUCUACUAAUUUCGAAUUCUAAUUUCUGUAACUAUUUUCCCUUUUGGGGUUUGUUAACUGUUAUCACAACAAUUUAGGCUUUAUCUCGUAUGCUAACCACUCUUCUCUCAUCUCUCCAUCGUUAGAAGCUUCUUCCUCUGCAACAUAACUAUCAAACGAUUCUACAUUCUCUCUCCUCGCCGACUGUAAUUUUGUGGGGUAUAUUUGGGACAACAUACAAAUCCUUGCAGCCUGCCACAAAUCCGGGUAUAAAUCUUUUCCUACAGUAAAAAUCUUUCACCCCUAAAAAAAUUUCUCCUUAUUUUUCUUUUUAUAAAUAAUUUGUGAUCAUCGUUUUCACAUGAAAGAAUCUUGUACAACAUGAUGAUGGUUAUAAAAGUUCCCUUUUUUGUGAAGGGUCUUUUGCAUCAAGCCUUUUGUGUUUUUUGAUCAUUUCAUCUCGUGUUCCUUUGGUGUCAUGUGCAGUUAUUUGAGUUAUUCUGCCUACAUUCAUUGCUUUUCCAUUUUUGGCAUUUAAGCUUUUGAGAUUCUUUCGAUUACAUGUUCAUGCAUCUUUAUCGAGGCUUUAUAUCUGUAUCGAUAUAAAGCAAGGGGUUUUAAAGGUGUAUUUUACGUGAAUCUAGUGAGUUAAUUAAAUUAUAAUAUAAAGUUUUAUGUUAAAAAAAAAAAUGGAAAAUAAGCGAAGGCACGUGCUUUGAUUGUGCUUCGGAUCUGAUGUAACGAUUAUACUUUGAAUGCCCCAAUGGCAAAUUCCAGACCCGUGAAGGAAACAUUCUUGCUACCUCCAUUAUUUUCUUUCUAAUUAAAUAAUUUAAAAAAA